AUGGCACGGAAAAGUCGCAGCUUUAAUGGAUGUUGGACUUGCAGAUCACGAAAGGUUAAAUGCGAUCUUGGUAAACCACAAUGUCUGAGAUGUAAAAGAGCUGGAUUAACUUGUGCGGGAUACUCUGUGGUUUUGGGAUGGUCAACACCUUUGACAGUAUCCUCGAUAGAUGGAUCUAUGACUUUCAAAGAUGUUAAAUUUGACUUACAGAUAGAAAAUUUUCAAAGAAGAAACGUGGAGCUAGUAAAAUUUCCUAGAGAAAUGAGCUACAAGACAUUUAAAGAAUUAAAUCAAAAGCUUGAAGACAUUGAGAAACACACAUCUUCAUCUGAUGAACAUCAUUUCCAAAGUGGCCCUUUCUCAGUUUACAAAAUAAACCUACUUCAACAAAGAAAACCUUUGCAAAAUAGAAAUGAGAACCAUGGUUCUGGAAGUGAGAAAACUCAAAUCUUAAAUUUAUCCAAUGUAAAAGGAGAGUAUGCACCUAAGGAAACAAAGGAUGAUCUGAAUUUUUCUAACCUCACUAAAGGUGAGAAUUUGUGGGUACAUCCUCAACUUCUUGAUGCUGCUAAAUUGACAAUAUGGGGACUUCAAGGAAGAGAUUUUGAGAUUGAUGAGCAAAAUAUCUUGCACAUCUUGUAUCCCAAGUUUUUUCCCAAUAGCGUUGUCAAUGAUUAUCAUGGAAGAACUGAUAUCAUUGAUAAACUUUAUUCAAUUAAGGACGAUACUCUUUUAUUGAAACCUCUCUUCAAAAAUUUAUUGAAUGAUCUUCAUUCACAAAUGUUUAGCUUUAUCAAGGUAUUAUAUGAUGACAAUCCAUUUGAAAGAGUAUUGGUUUCAAUGAUAAAGGAAACGAUAUAUGAAUUUAUAUGCAUGGACUUUGCUUCGUGGGAUUAUGAGGUAAAUAAAAGGACAAAAAUAACCUCGAAAUAUUUAAAGAACAGUAUAAGGCUAUGUAUUGUGUAUUGCGGGCUAGGCAUUUCGGCCCUUAAUAUGGCAUCUAAUUUAAAGAAAUCUCACAGAGAGUCGUUUGACCCUGCCACCAAAUGUCUUGAAGUCAGUAUAGAGCUACGAAAAUUGAGCAUUGGAAUAUUAAAUUUCCAUUUGGAUGAAUGUGAUUCUAAUAUUGACCUAGUGGGUGAAGACUUGAAUUACGAAACUGAUCUAUUAGUGGGGUUAAUAUUACAAUUUCAAUUUGAUUCUUAUUUUAGCAUAUUUGAGAACUUAGACUUGAUUUUUGCAAUUGGUGAUCAUAUUAUCAGUACAAGAUUUAACUCUAGUCUUGCCUUAAAUGAGAGGACACGGCUUGCUGUUGAAACAUUCAAGUUAUUAAGCAUAUUUUUUGAAAGCACCCAUUCAGUAUCGCCAUUCAAUUACUCUUUUUCAGACGGUGAUAAAUUAAAAUAUGAUGACUCAAGCGACCUUAGUGAAUCGGGCUCAAGUGACGAGGGCUCAAUGCAGAACGAAGAAGGAGAAACUAUCAAAGAAAGAGCAUCGACGAAUAGUAUUUUUAAUAUAAAUAGUUUGGACGACGGCUCGGUAGAAAUCAAAACUUCAGAAAACGAAAAUAAUCACCCAAGUUUGCUGUCUCUUGAAGACUUGUCUAAUAUGAGCCAUCCCAAACAACACAUUGUGCCCGUUCUCAGUCAGGGAAGCGAUACAAAAAGCUACAAAAAUUUGAUUUACGAAAUAUUCGGAUUGCCACACGAUCUUUUAGAUCUAUUCAAUGAAAUAAUUCAUCUCACUAAUCACAAGUAUCUUUUCAAAGUAAAUAAGGUAUUGCCAAGGAACUUCCCAAGGGUUACUGCUGAAAUGGAAGACAAAUUGUUGAACUGGAAGUGUGAAGAGUUUUGGCUGUUGCACACCCAGGCUUCUACUGAUCUGCCGAGGUUUUUCUCUAUAUAUCGCCAAUGGUUGCAAUAUCACGUAGAAUAUUUCCACAGUGCAUUGAUAGUAUACUUCUAUACAAUUGUGAGGGAUUUCCUGCCAUUGAGGUGUCGCACUUAUAUUGAAAAGUGUCUAGCAAGCUUGGAUGCAAUGCUACUUAUAGAGCCACAAUAUUCAUUAAAGCUUUUUCCCUCAUUCUGGCCGAUAUUAAUUUGCGGCAGUUGUGCAAUGGACGAAUCAUCUCGUGAAAGAGUUAUGAAGUUUUGGAGGCACCCAGCACUUUCGCAAAUAAAUCAUUGGCGUUCAAAACAGAUAAUUCUCGAAGUAUGGAACAGGUGUGACUUGGGCGAAGACGUUAUUUGGUUGAAUAUAGUGAAAGAGUGGGAAGUUUCUCUAUGUUUAACUUAG